CUUAAUUUUAAUUAAAAUAUUAUUAAAUAAAUAGUGUAAAAACACGUACUUUUACUUUUAUGAUUUUAUUGAAAGUAAAAUAUCAUUUGUGAUUAUAUUUUGUUGUUGAUGUUUAUAUAAAUAAUUGCAAUUUGAAGUUUUCAACAGUUCUUGAUUUUUACGAUAGUGAAUUGGAAACAGAAUUAUAAAUAAAACCACGUGAGUCAAGCACCACCAACAAUGGAUCCAAAACGACCACCAUGGUUAAUUAGAAAAAUCAAGAAACGUAUACCAAUAACAACAUGGCUACAAACGUAUAAUUCUGACCAUUUUAUUAGUGAUAUUAUUGCUGGUGUAACAGUGGGUUUAACUGUUAUGCCACAAGCUUUAGCAUAUGCAACUUUAGCUGGACUGGAACCACAGUUUGGAUUAUAUUCAGCAUUUAUGGGUUGUUUUAUUUAUGCAAUAUUUGGUAGUUGUCGUGAUAUAACAAUUGGACCAACAGCUUUAAUGGCACUAAUGACUUAUCAACAAAUUUUACAUAAAAAUGCAGAUUUUGCAAUAUUAUUAUGUUUUUUAUCUGGUGUAGUACAAUUAAUUAUGUGUUUAUUGCGUUUAGGUGUAUUAGUAGAUUUUAUAUCAAUUCCAGUCACAGUGGGUUUUACCUCAGCCACAUCUGUUAUUAUUGCCAUGUCUCAACUAAAAGGUUUACUAGGCCUGAAAUUUACUUCGUCAGGCUUUUUGGAUACCAUUUUAAAAGUUUAUUAUCAUUUGCCGGAAACUAGACCGUGGGAUUGCUUACUCGGUUUUUCAUGCAUAGUAAUUUUAUUAGUUUUAAGGCGAAUUAAAAGUAUUAAAAUAGUAUCAAAAGGUAGAAAACCAAAUUCACAUGAGAAAAUUAUUGAAAAAUCCAUUUGGUUAUUAUCAACAUCUCGGAAUGCAUUAGUGGUUGUAGGAUGUUCCUUUAUGGCCUAUUAUUUGGAACAAAAUAAUUAUAAUGACGUAUUUAUUUUAACUGGAAAAGUACGUUCUGGUUUACCAACAUUUGCACCGCCACCAUUCGAAACUAGAGUGGGUAAUCAAACAUACAAUUUUAUACAAAUGUGUAACGAAUUAGGUGCAUCAAUUGUAUUAGUACCUGUUAUUGCCGUUUUGGGUAAUGUUGCCAUUGCUAAAGCUUUUGCAAGUGGAGAUAGCGUAGAUGCAACUCAAGAAUUGUUGACGCUGUCUAUUUGUAGUAUUUUUGGAUCGUUUGUGAGUUCGAUGCCAGUUACAGGAUCAUUUUCAAGAAGUGCUGUUAAUCAUGCAAGUGGUGUGAAAACGCCGUUGGGUGGGGUUUAUACAGGAGUGUUAGUAAUAUUAGCACUAACAUUUCUCACACCAUAUUUCUACUACAUACCGAAAGCAUCAUUAGCAGCUGUUAUUAUUAGUGCUGUGAUAUUUAUGAUUGAAUAUGAGAUUGUUAAACCAAUGUGGAAAUCAAGUCGUAAAGAUUUGGUGCCGACAUUUGUCACGUUUGUCUUAUGCUUAGCUAUGGGUGUUGAAUAUGGUAUCCUUGUUGGUGUUGCUAUUAAUAUAUUGAUACUGUUGUAUCCAUCAGCACGUCCAAGUAUUCAUGUUGAGAAGAAGAUGACAAAUCAUGGCGCUGAAUAUCUUCUUAUAACACCCGGGAAUAGUUUGUACUUCCCAGCUGUGGAUUUUAUAAGGGCUUCUGUUGGUAAAGCCGGUGUAAAGUUAGGAUCUUCACAACUUCCAGUUAUUGUUGAUUGUAGAUUUGUAUUAGGUGCUGAUUUUACUGCUGCUAAAGGAAUUGCUGCCCUCAUUGAUGAUUUUAAUAAACGUAAACAAAUGAUAUACUUUUUUAGACCACGUGAUGAUGUAAUUGCUGUUUUCAAAGGAGCUGCUUUGGAAGAUUUCCAAUACGUAACAACGCACAGUGAAUUGGAUUAUAUUUUAUAUUCUAAAAAAACAGAAGCAAAAGACGAAGAAAUGAAAUUAUUGCCAAACAAUUCAACGAAUACUACAAAAUGUUUAAAUAGUCCAAAUUCGUAUGAAGAAUUAACAGAAAUAACCACAUAUGCACCAAGUUCACCAGAAUUUUCAUCAAACAUUGUCGCCACAAGUAAUAACCUGUCCGUGUUACAACAGAAUGAUAAACGUAUGUGAUAUAGAAUCUCAAAUAUGAAGAAAAUAAUUUGUGACUCGACGUAAUAGUAUUAUUAUUUUAUUUUACUUA